UGUUCACAAAGAAUCGUUACCCUUAAACCAGGAAACCCGAGAGAAGUCAUUCAAUGAGCUAAUGAUUACACAUAAAAAGAAUUCCAAUGAUUUUGAUACUCUUCAUGAAAUCUGUGAUUAAGGAUGGUAUGAAGUCAGCCAUUGGCAAAUUUUGAUUAGGAAUAUACCGGUUCGGCGAAAACUCUCUUCGAUUUGAUUGGAUUUUUUUUGUUCAUUAGGGUCUCCAUUUCGACCUAUCCUAUGCAAUGUGUGACAGAUAAUCUGCCAUCUGACCCUGAGCAAUAUGAUGCUGCUGUCCGCGCUUGUUUUACUAUGGGCCGUGGUGACAGAGGUGUGGUCAUGCACGUGUUUCCCUACGCACAUCCAGGACCAAUUCUGUAGGGCCCAAAUCGUUUUGGUGGCUACAGUUAAAGGCAGCGAAGAGAUUUACCAGAACAGCAUUAUAAAGGCCCCCAACACACGGGACCCUGAGAAUCCUUACGAAAUGAUGCCCGUAGAGAGGAAGUACAAAGUCAGAAUACACAGGUUCUUCAAGGGUGAGGAACUGUUGGGAGGCAAGGGUAAGAGAGUGAAGUAUAUCCACACCUCGGCAUCGGGGGCGGCUUGUGGUCUACACCUCAACAAAGGGAAGACGUACAUACUGUCAGCAAGAAUACAGAGGCAGGGAGAAAUAUGGUCAAGUAUGUGUGACUGGGUUCAGACCUUCAAGACACUGAAUCGGCAUCAACUGAAGUUCAUCAAAUUCCACUACAGAAGGAACUGUAAAUGUUCGAUUUCUUGGUGUCAGGGCAGUUACUGUCGAGGCCCAGGCCCCCGGGAGUGUGAGUGGGUCCCCCAGUUCUACGGCUCCGACUGCCUGCAAGAACACGGCUUCUGUAUGAUCAACUCCCGGGGAACAUGCCAGUGGAAGAAGAACCGACAACUCAGAAAGUGUCUAGAGACCAAUAACCAACAAAUGCCCGGAAGUGGGGUACGCGAGAUUUAUGAGAUUCCUGGGGACGCUCCCCACAGGCCCGGGGAGUACGAGAGCUGGCGCUCCUCGCCCAGGGAUGACGUCUAUCUACCCGAAAGAUACGCUGACAUCAAACGGUGAUUUCUUGGACGACAAGAGUGAUUCUUAAUGAAAAAUAACAAACUACUUCAUUACUACUUUGUUUUGAAUCUCUUUUUUAAUGGUAUUUAUAAUACAUUUUGAAAAAAAUUUAAUUAGGAUACAGGAAAUAUGUGUCAAUGUAUCUUGAUUAUGUGGUCGAUGGAAUUAUGACAUUCAACUUGACAAUUGAUUCGUCACUAAUUAUCAUAUCGUAUUGUUCUAAUCUAUUUGUAACCAUCACGUUACAUGUACAAACCUUAUUGCGCCUAAAAAAGAAAUUUUAAAUUGAAUUUUUCAAAAAUAAUGUUUUUCUUCCAUAUUUGAGAUAAAUAUUUGAUCAGUUUUAACAAUAUUUCUUUUUCAACAUUUCCUCAUUUUUAACGUGAAUUUUUCAUAUCAUUUUGUGCUCCUCGAACUUUGAGUGUUUUUUUUUACAACAAAUUUUCGUGAAAAGAUCAGUUCUUUAACAAUAUCGACGACGAUUAUCUGCAAUAUAAAACCACGCCUCGUUUAAAUUUUUAUUCGAAUUUUUUGUUUUUUGUUUGUUUUUGUGUCCAUUUAUUGUUAAGUGUGAUUUAACAACACGUGAGUUGUUCUCUAAUCCAGACAUAUUGACCCGUUGUAAGAUGUGUUAUGUAUGUGUCUUUUGACUGAUACCGAUAAAUACCAACCUAACUGAAUUGUAAUAUCAUUGAAACUCGAAGUCUUUUACCAUUGUUCUAGUAAAUUUACAUGUAUAAGAUACAUAUAGUUACAUUUAGUAUAUUUCACCAGGAAGGGUCUGAUCAAUCUCUGAUCAGACACAGAUCAUGUACAUACAGUUGCUUUUUCAUUUAAUGCAUUGUACAUGUAUCCUCAUGAUUUUUUUUUUAUGGUUUUUUGUUUUUUACACAGUUCAUUCAUCUACCGUGUACAGAGGCAAAUAUUUUAAUAAAAAGGUUCCCAUUAAAAAAAAAACUAAG